CAAGGUGUUUUGCUUGAGCAAACUCAAGAUGUCCUAGGUGUGGUUAUUAAUUUUAGAACAGCAAGUGCUGGUUUCUGCCAGGGGUCUUUCUGUAAGUCAAGGACUCUGUUGUCUCUUUCCUUCACUGACCUCCCUUCCUCUUUCCCUUUCUGUUGAAUGUACAGGCAUUACCAGAAUUAUGGUGAAUGACACCUCCGCUCCUGAAUUCAUCCUGCUGGGUUUCCCUGGUCUCCAGAAAUUCCGGCUCCUCUUGUUCACUACUUUGUUGAUAGCUUACCUCUUCAUACUCCUUGGCAAUGGCUUAAUUAUUCUCCUCUCAAAUACAGAUGUGAGUUUGCACAUUCCCAUGUACUUCUUCCUAAGUAAUUUCUCAUUCCUAGAAAUGUGUUAUACCUCUGUCACAGUUCCACGGAUGCUGGAAGACUUCUUUGUUGGUUCCCGGGCCCUCUCUUUUCGGAACUGCAUCACCCAGAUGUAUUUCUUCUUCUUCUUCGGCACCACAGAAUUCUUCCUCUUGGCGACCAUGGCCUAUGACCGAUACCUGGCCAUCUGCCACCCAUUGCAAUAUCCGUUACUCAUGGACAGCCGGGCCUCUGCCUGCCUAGCCUUGGGUUCCUGGCUGAGUGGCUUCUUGACCCCGUUCUUGCCUAUAGCCUUCAUCUCUCAGCUUCCCUUCAAUAGCAGCAACCAGAUCAACCAUUUCUUUUGUGACACUGGUCCCUUGAUUAAGUUGUCAACCGGUAAUACCUUCUUGGCUGACACAAUGGUUUUUCUUGUCUCUGCAGUGGUUGUGCUCCUGUCUUUCCUUCUGACUUUGACUUCAUAUGUCCUGAUUGUUUCUACCAUCUGCCAUAUCCCUUCUGCCUCUGGAAGGCAGAAGGCUUUUUCCACAUGUUCCAGCCACCUUGCAGUGGUUACCAUAUUCUAUGGCACAGUCAUCUUCAUGUACAUCUGCCCACAUUCUGGCCAAACUUCAGAUAUGGACAAAGUGGUAUCUGUGGUCUAUGCUGUUGUCACCCCAAUGCUGAAUCCCAUUAUCUACACCCUGAGGAACAGAGAUGUAAAAAGAGCUUUGGAGAAAGUCCUCAGCCAAGUAAAGAACAAUCAUCUGAGGCUCAAAAGGAAAAUUUGCCUCCCUGUAUUGUCAUGA